AUGGAGGACCAGACGGCCAGAAUCCACGCGGUGCCCUCUGACAAUUCGAAGAGCCCGCAUCAACACGCCACGGAUGGAGUUCAGGCAGAGACAACUCAAAGUUCUGCGAAGGCGCUUGGCCAAAGCCUGCUUUGUAAAGUGUGCGCCGACUCCAGCAGCGGUAAACACUACGGCAUCUACGCCUGCAACGGCUGCAGUGGCUUCUUCAAACGCAGCGUGAGGCGGAGACUCAUCUACAGGUGUCAGGCCGGAACCGGCAUGUGCCCUGUUGACAAGGCUCAUCGCAACCAGUGCCAAGCCUGUCGACUGAAAAGGUGCCUCCAAGCUGGUAUGAACAAGGACGCCGUGCAGAACGAACGCCAGCCUCGGAGCACGGCACAGGUCAGUCUCGACUCCAUCAACAUGGACACCGAAAAGGAGCACCUGGCUACCACGUGGGAGCCCGCCACUUCCGCCACCCACCCGGUCGUCAGCAGGCCACUGGUCAGCUCCUCUGUCGCGGCUUCUGACCCCGCCGAGUCCUGCCGCAGCCCGAAGAACAACCACCGCCUCAUGGUCAGCCUGCUGACCGCGGAGACCUGCGCCAAACUCGAACCCGAGGACGUGGAGGAGAACAUCGAUGUGAUGACCAACGAGCCAGAGAGGGAGAAGACUCCCUCUGACUGCCACGUGUCCCCAUACACCUCCAGCUCUGCCGAGAGUGCGCACGAGACAUCAGCCCGCCUCCUGUUUAUGUCGGUCAAGUGGGCGAAGAAUCUGCCAGUUUUCUCUCACCUGCCAUUCCGCGACCAGGUCAUCCUGUUAGAGGAAGCGUGGAGUGAGAUGUUUCUCCUCUGUGCCAUCCAGUGGUCCCUGCCCCUGGACAACUGUCCUCUUCUUUCUCUGCCAGACCUCUCCCCAUCACAGCAGUCCAAACUCAGUCUCCACACAGCUGACCUGCGCACUUUAGAAGAGGUCUUUAAUCGCUUCAAGGCCCUGGCUGUCGACCCCACCGAAUUUGCCUGCCUAAAGGCAGUUGUGCUGUUCAAGCCAGAAACACGAGGUCUCAAAGACCCGGAGCAGGUGGAGAACCUGCAGGACCAGUCGCAGGUGUUGCUGGGUCAGCACAUCCAUUCGAUAUACUCCAGCCAGAGUUCCAGGUUUGGAAGACUGUUACUGUUGCUGCCAUCCCUCCACUUUGUGAGCUCUGAGAGGAUAGAGCAGCUAUUCUUUCACAGGACCAUUGGCAACACGCCCAUGGAGAAGCUUUUGUGUGAUAUGUUUAAAGGCUGA